AUGGCACUAAACUCCAGCCCGACAGUCAAGGUUGGUGAAACGGCACCUGAAUCCUUCCAAGUCCCGAUCCCAUCGUAUGAUGGCUCAUGUAUGAUAAUUGCCUCAGAUGGGGACAUCAUACUGAAUUGCACUGCCAUUUGUGCUGGAGAUCAAUCAAAACGUUCCACGUGCCGGUUCCGAAUAACCAGUGCAUCUCUAAUACACUCCAGUACGUAUUUUGGCGUCUUGUUGGAUCCUACAAAGUUCCAAGAAGGGCGGCGGUUUCUAAAAACCCUUGAGGGAUUGCGGGUGAAAUAUGGCUCUCUGGAAGCAGCUAUUGGCGAAGCAUGCAUUGAUGAGCUACCUCAAUUCACGCUAGAAUUACCGCCUCUGCCUUCUAAAUUCAACCAGCCCUCCCUCCUCAGUACAUUCUUCCAGCUUCUAGUCUACAUUAGUUGGGAUAGCACUCAAACACGAGAAUUUUGUAAAAUCAUUGCAAAUAAAUCGAUCACGUUUGUGGCGUGCUUAGCUGUUCUAGCAGACAGAUAUGGAACUCUCCAUAUCCUAAAGAAAGCAAUUGACGUUGGCCAGAGAAACAGCGAAUUGGUAAAUCCGGACUACCGUACACCUCAAAAGCACAAAUUAGGGCAGCGUUUACGCACCCUUCAAACUGAUGAUGAGGAGCGUAUUCGUGAAGCCAUUUUUCUUGCAUAUUCUCUUCAAGAUCAAAAGGCAUUUGGGUUUCUGACCCAUAGGCUGGUUGUUACUGGUUCACGGAAAUGGCGACAGGUGUACCACGGACAAAAUACCAUUUCAGCUUUGCCAAUCUGGUGGCACCUCCCUGGUGGUGUUGAGGAAGAGCUACAAUUCCGCAAUCAAUGUAUCCUUGGUACAAUAAGUGACUAUCAAUCGUAUCUACUAUGUUCUUAUGGCGCUUCUCGAAGUUUUUGUGGAAAUGCAGCGUAUUUGCCGUUGCCGUCAAAGCGAGAACUACAAUGUCGCCGUGUUUAUGAAAACUCUCGAGCCUGUGAUUCCUUUCACUUGGGAGAAAUGAUCCAUUUCUUUACCACCCGCACACAUACCCUGGAACUACAAUCGACUUUAACAUAUGGCGACCUGGACUUUUACGGCGACAAGGAUUCCGGGCAACAAGGCAACGCCUUUAUUGAAGAACAGUCAACGCCUUCAAAGCAGCCAGUGCUAACAAACAUAACUACAGUAAUAGCUUCUCUACGACAAUGCCCCGAGUAUCAGAUUGAUUCUAAUCAUAUUGGAUGUGGAAUCAGACGACGUCUUAUCGCGGUGCUAGAUCGAAUCGAGGGCUUUACAAAAGGCUGUGAAGCCGUCGGAAUAUGCCUAGACCAUCACUUACUAGCACAACAUGUGUCUUGGACAAGUAGUACUUUGCGAACACCCCAGCCUGGUGAAGAUGAAUGUGAUUGCCAUUGUAGUAUGGCUAAGGCCCUUGCUGCCCGGGCCUUUUUUACCGCAACACACCGGGUUUGGCAAUAA